ACGCAGAGCACCCACCUAAGCUUACAGACGCUGGCACGUCCUCCAUGGACAAGAUGUCAUCAGCAAGUUUGAAUGCUGCGAAGAAAAAUGCGUACACAGCUAUCAAAGUGGAUCCUGAUGAGGAUUACUGUACCCCAGGUGCAUUUGAAUUGGAGCGACUCUUCUGGAAAGGAUGCCCGAAGUACACUCAUGUCAACGAAGUUUGGCCCAACCUCUACAUAGGAGAUGAGAAAACUGCGUUAGAUCGCUACAGCCUUGAGAAGGCAGGCUUCACCCACAUCCUCAAUGCAGCCCAUGGUCAGCGGAAUGUGGACACAGGACCAGAAUAUUAUCACGACAUGACUGUGGAGUACCACGGAGUGGAAGCAGAUGAUCUCCCCACUUUCAAGCUCAGCCAGUUCUUUUAUUCAGCUUCUAAAUUCAUUGAUAAUGCACUUCAGGAUGAAAGAAACAAGGUUCUGGUUCACUGUGCUAUGGGUCGCAGCCGGUCAGCCACACUGGUCUUGGCUUACCUGAUGAUUUACAAGAACAUGACAGUAGUGGAUGCCAUUGAGCAAGUAUCAAGACACCGAUGCAUCCUGCCAAACCGGGGCUUCUUGAAGCAGCUGAGAGAACUGGACAUAGCGUUGGCACUGCAGAGGAGGAACACCAAAAACAGCCUACCACGUGAUGACGAUGAGAACAGCACCACGACCUAGUACUGUUCCUGGCAGGGUUGUGCUACUGGAAAAGAAACUCCAUAAAAGGAGGGGAGGGGAAGGUGUAGUUAAUUACACAGUCACAAGGUUCAUUUGUUAUUUGGAAGGAAAAACAAAGUCAUUUCAAAUGCUGUCAAGAUGAGAAAGAAGGGAAGCCAAAUUUAAAACCCAUCUUCUUACAAUGUUCCAGCCUUAGCAGAAUUCUUUGUGGCAUCAACAAAUAAAUUCUACCCUCUGUAAAACAAGCUUUUACAGCACAAAAGCAGAAAACCCUCUUCUAGCCGAUUACCCCCAAAAUCCUGAUCCCAACCAAAGCAUGUGGCAUUUAAGAGUGGAGCUAGGCAUUCCUGGAGAAAAUUUGCAGGAAAAAUAUCAAGAUGGUAACAGCACAGAUUAAUUGAUAAGUUUAGUCCCAGAGUCCUGAAGGAUUUUGCAGCAGUUUGUCUUUUUGUGCCGUUUUCUGGCAUCUCCAUUUCUUCUUUCACAGUAAUAAUCUAGGGCAGCACAGUGUUUAGAGAGCCUCCAGACGAGGAUCAACUACCCAGUCUUCACAAUGGACUUUGCAGCAGACCAUACAAGCUAGAAACAAAGCAAGACCCCCGCAAAGGUCAGAUGCAUAAGCAGACAGAACGGACGACGGUUCAAAGAGGUACAUACACAUGACAUUUUGGCAGUUUCAGUUUUAACUUAUUUCUCCUAAAUGCUUCAACUGCUUGAACUUUAAAAGGUCCUAUACAGACAGUAUCCAAGUCAAUUUACUAGUUCACAAAACUACAAACACCUGAGAAAAUUAUGUUACUAGUUGUUUUCCUGCACUUGGAAAAAACUAACAGCUAGAACAAUAAACAAGAAAAAUAGGACGUCCUUUACAUUGCUAAGAGGAAGUUCAACAUUGAACUUGUGCAGCCCUAAUAACCCCUAAAUAAUCAACUAGUUCUAAUGAGAAUUUAUUUUUGAUUAAAAAGGAAAGACACACAGGUGAAGCCUUUAAAAAAUAUCUCCCAGUGACCUGACUAACCAGGAGAAAGCUGCUGCUGUGC